CGUCUAGCACCCUACUUCCAAGCUCACCCGGUUCAAGUGCUCUCCAAACAGCCCAUUGGUGCGCUGCUCAGGAGCCCGAACGCGCCUUCGCGCAUGUCCAAGUGGGCGGUGUUUCUUGGAUCUUUCCAGAUCGAAUUCAAGCCAAGGCCAGCGAUCAAGGGCCAAGCGCUAGCUGACUUCGUGGUGGAGUGCACCGCUCGGGAGGAGCCGAGCCCGGAAGAGCCGGAAGGCGAUGACUGGUGGAUAGUUUUUACCGACGGCUCCUCCGCCGCCAAAAACUCGGGGGGUGGAGUGAUAGUCAUCGCUCCCGAAGGCUUCAGAGCAUACUACUCAAUUCGAUUCGGUUUCAAGGCAUCAAACAAUGAAGCAGAAUAUGAAGCGCUCCUGUGCGGGCUACGCCUAGCAGCCGGGAUGAACGCAACAAAGCUAAGGGUAAAGUGUGAUUCAAAGCUGGUGGUUGGCCACGUCUCGGGUGAGUUCGAGGCGAAGGACGAAAGAAUGAAGAAGUACAGAGAUACCGCUCUAGAGUUGCUUAAGAAUUUCACCGCAUAUAGUGUGGAGCAGAUCCCUCGGGCGGAGAAUGCCGAGGCGGAUAUCUUGUCGAAGCUGAGCUCAGACACGCCCGAGCAUAUCAGGCGGAUGGCGAACGUGGAAGAAUUGUCCGAGCCGAGCAUCCAUGCCUUCCCCGUGGGGAUGAUCUGCGCUCGGCCAAGAGAUUGGAUGGACGACAUAGUCGCCUUCUUGAAGGAUGGAGCCCUCCCGGACGAUGCGGUAAAGGCCAAGUUGGUCCGCACUAGGGCGCCCGGGUACACUUUGGAGGGUGAAAAGCUAUACAAGCGAGCAUACAACGGUACGCUGCUCAGGUGCCUCCGACCAGCUGAAGCGGAGCAAGUCAUGGAGGAGGUGCACGCGGGGAUCUGCUCCGCCCACCAAGGAGCCUACGCGGUAUCAAGGAAGAUAACCCUCCAAGGAUAUUUUUGGCCAACGAUUGUUAAGGAUUGCGCAGAGUUUGUGAGAAAGUGCAAGGUGUGCCAAGAGUUCCAGAAGGUACCGGGGAGGCCUUCGACAAACUAUACCCCCAUCAGCACCGCUAUCCCGUUCGCGCGGUGGGGGGUGGACCUCGUAGGUGCGCUUCCCAGAGGUACCGGGAACGUGCGAUAUGUCAUUGUAGCCAUCGACUACUUCACCAAGUGGGUGGAGGCGGCCCCGUUGGCGAGCAUCACUGGAGCUCAAUGCCAGAAGUUUCUCGCGAAGCAAGUCAUCUGCCGCUUCGGCGUUCCCGAACACGUAAUCACAGACAAUGGAACACGCCCCGAAGGGCAACCGGGGAAACCCCGUUCGCUCUAUGCUACGGAUUUGAGGCAAGGGCACCCGCAGAGAUCUCCAUCGCAACCCAUCGGGAGGCGGUCUUUGACCCCGAGCGCAAUGAGCAAGCCCUGGCAGCCGAGCUCCACCUCGUGCAUGAAAGACGAGAGGCGGCCUUCAUUCAGGCAGAAAAUUUCCGCAGGAAG